GAGCGAGCAGCGGGAUGUGACAUGGCGUGCCGGGGGGGUGCGGGGCUGCUGUUGCUGCUGGGCCUCCUGCAGCUGCUCGGCCUCCUGCAGCUGCUGGGCUGCGCAGCUGCGUGUCCCUGCCAGGACCCGCGGCUCUGCCAGCCCAUCGCGGGCACCGGCGGCUUCGAGGUCUUUGUGUUCGAUGUGGGGAAAGAAGCCUGGAAAUCCUAUGACUGGUCAAAAAUUACAACCGUGGCGGCUUUUGGGAAAUACGAUCCAGAGCUCCUGUGCUUUGCUCAUUCCAAAGGCGCCAGGGUAGUACUGAAAGGUGAUGUACCUCUUAAGGAAAUCGUUGACCCGGCUAAAAGAGCAGUGUGGAUAUCCCAGCAGGUGGACCUUGCCAAAAAACAAUACAUGGAUGGAAUUAAUAUAGAUAUAGAGCAAGAAGUUAAUGAAACCUCUCCUGAGUAUUAUGCAUUAACAGAGCUUGUUAAAGAAACUACAGAUGCUUUUCACAAAGAAAUUCCAGGAUCACAGGUAACAUUUGACGUGGCCUGGUCUCCUGCGUGCAUCGAUAAGAGGUGCUACAACUACACUGGGAUUGCAGCUGCCUGUGAUUUCUUAUUUGUGAUGUCUUAUGAUGAGCAGAGCCAGAUCUGGACCGACUGUAUUGCAAAAGCCAAUGCUCCUUACCUUCAGACUUUAGUUGGGUAUGAAGAGUACAUUACUAUGGGCAUUGAUCCUAAGAAGCUUGUGAUGGGUGUCCCCUGGUAUGGCUAUGAUUAUAUGUGCCUAAACCUAUCCGAGGAUCAUGUUUGUUCCCUUUCCAAAGUACCAUUCCGUGGUGCCCCUUGCAGUGAUGCUGCAGGGCAUCAGGUGCCGUAUGGAGCGAUAAUGAAGCAGGUGAACAGUUCUAUUUCAGGAGCACUAUGGGAUGAGGUACAAAACUCUCCAUUUUAUGAAUACAAGGAUUCUCUUGGUCACUUCCACCAAGUAUGGUAUGAUGACCCUCACAGCAUCUCUCUAAAAGCAGCAUAUGUGAAGAAUCGAGGCCUAAGGGGCAUUGGCAUGUGGAAUGGAAACAGUCUUGACUAUUCCAGGGAAGCUGUAGCAGAAAAACAAACUGAAGCAAUGUGGCAAGCCCUGACACCAUAAGUGGAGGAUUAUGCUUACUGCUCCACAUUGCAAAGACAUUCUAAUUUGAAAAACAAACCUCACCAUCCAGGUUUUCACCAAGAACUGUUACAGACUUGCUAGUUCUGUAUGGCAGCAACCUAAAGAUAAAAUUGAAGAAUUAUGUGAUAAUUAAUGGAAUGAUGUGGGGUUUAUUUUCCAUUUUCUUUCACUUAUUUGAAGCUGGUAAAAUAAGCUUCUAGUCAUGAAUUGAUGGUAUUCAAUGUUUUGUCAGAAUCAUUAUUUACUAACCUUUGGUUUUUGUGUAUGUAUUCUGUGGUUUGGUCUUCCAGUGUUCUAAGAAUUCCAGAAUGCUGUGUUCUGUCUCCUCUUAGUUUGCCAUCUUUUUGGUGAUCAUUAUUUUCCACGUUUGUAAUUAGCCUGCUGUUCAGUUCUGUGACAGGAUAGUGAUAACCAAAACAUACAGAUUACAAUCAUAAACUUCAAGCACUUUUGACCAUAAGUCAGUUCAAUACUUAAGAUUAUCUCUGGGGUAAAUCAUGUUUUUGUGAUUUAGGAAAUAAAUAAAUGAAAAAAAAACUUGUUUUAACAAUUUGUAUCCAUCUCAUUCUGGUAACUAGCAGAGAAACAUUACAGCAGAUAAAGAAAUAAUUUAAAUUACGUUUCUUACUACUUUCUGCCUUUCAGAGACUGAAAUUCUCUGACAAACUGGUAAAGAAAGCCAGCAAAACAUUCUGCAUUUGAAUGUUAUCAGCUUUAAGUUGUAUACAGUAAAUCUUUCAGAAGAAAACUGCUGACAGACUUCGCCUACACUUUAUGCAACAAAAUCCCACAUCCUUCAUCAUUCAAAACAAAGUUAUGGAAAACUUUCACGUAUAUAUGUAAAUACACAUAUAUAUGUGUUUCUGUAUUGACAGGCUUCAAACUUCAAGUUGACAUGAUAAUGGAGGGACAACACUAUUUUUUAUGGAUUAUGAGUGGAAACUGAAAAGCCUUUUCUAACACACUCUUCAGACAUGUCUCAAAGAACACAACAUCAAUUUUUUUGUUUUCUUACUCAAAAUACUAUUUAUCAAGAAUAAUUUUAAAUGAGAUCAGUAAAGUGCCCAUAACUAUGACAAACUUGAAUAUAAUCUCCUUUAAUAAUUCCUUGUUAAAAAUUUGCAACAAAAGAAGGUUCACCUUUUUAUAUUAACUGUAAAAUUAUACACAAAUAUUAAGAUUUGUCUUUCAAAAUUAUUUCCUAAUAAUGUAUUUUAUCAUUUUGAUGCUAAUUUAAUAGUGGUCACUCAAAUCCAAUUUGAAUGCUUUGGUCACUUCUUCAUUUGUAAUUACUAGAAAUUUAGGACCAUUAAGAACAUCAGAUAACAGUUUAGAGACUUAAUUUCCCUCAAUAUCCUAAGGCACCCCAUUUUAUAGAGAAUAGUCAAUAGAUGUCUCUCAGACAUUUUCUAUCUGGGAGCAGAACUGCUACCCAGUUUAUGUGAGCUUUAAAUCCCUCCAUACUCUUGUACUAUCUUUACUGUAGUCUGUUCAAAGAGUUCUCUUGCCUCUCAAUUUUAGAACUGCCACUGUUCACUAAUAUUAAAUAACAGUAAAUCCACAUUACGUAGGAGAGAGCGUAGAAAGCAAUUUCCCUUCAGUAGCAACAUAGCCAUGGAUAACAAUGAAAGAUGAAGUGAAUGAAUUGCUUUCCAUGGUUUCCUGAUAACAAUUUUUUUUCAUUUAAAAUUGCUUUUGAAUUACAGGAUCAUUACCUUCUUUGAAAGAUAAUAUUAUUUUAAAAAUUAGAGUACUGCUCUGACAGCAAUAUUUCAACUUAUGCUGUACCAACAGAUUUUUUUAAAUUUAGCUUUACUCUGCCAAUUUUCUAGAAAGCUUGGUUUAGCAACAAGAUGACAGUGAACCGUACCCUUUGGAUUUGUCAUGUGAUUUUGAUGUGUUUGGUUAUUUUGGUCUUGUUUAUCACUGUGGUUUACAUGAAGAGCAGUUCCUUUGGCUUUGUCAUUCCACUUAGGAGCAGGAGGCUCUUUUGGAUCCUGGCUGAGAUGGCUGUGCUGGGAGUUCUUUUGUCCUAUACAGCUUUUUCCAGUCCCUUUAUCUACAGGAUUUAAAAGACUUGCUGUGAAGAGAGAUCCCUUGGAUCCAAUUUGUUCUACAAAAUAAUUGAUAUAGAAAAGAGAAAUAUUAUUUCAUGGUAAAUGUUAACUAUAAUAGUUCUUUUUCUUCACUGCACUGGUUAAACAUACCUUUCACUCUGAACUGUGCCUGUGUUUCUGUAAUCGUGUUGUGGUCUUGCUCAUGACUCAUAUGCAAUACAGGAAGAGAUUCCUUCUCAGACCCUCCUGCAGGACUGUACACUUUCUGAUUUUCUAGCUGAUGACUGCUCUGUAUGCCUUCUAAAAAUUGUUUGCUUUCAGUUUUCUGUUGGGGAAGGUUAGGAAGUCUUGAUCCAUGACCAUACCUAUUAGUUUCUGCAUUAAAGUGAUGUCUUUGUUGUGUUGAUGAUGAUAAUGGAUAAACAUCUUCAAAAUAGUCCACUUGAGGUAAUAAAUAUAAUUCAGGAUACAGUGCCUAAAAUAUGCAGUAUAUUAACCAGACAUAAAAGAAGAAAUGUGCAAAGCUUUUGAAAAUAAUAUCUUAAAUGCCAUAAAAUACAUACAUAAGGGGGAGCAAAUGACUUCAGUUUCAGCUCUGCUUCUUGCUUUGCUUUCACCUGGAAGAUAAAAAACAGAAGAUAACUGAUAAAAUACUUCUCUUACCAAUAAUGUUGUGCAUUUAAUAAUUAAUGUUGCUAAUUUGUAUUCUAUUUUCUGUCUUUACAUACUACAUUUUUCUUCCG